AUGACUCCUCUUCAAUUCGGUAUUCUUAUCUAUGACUUCCAAGCAGUCGAUGUUGUCGGCCCCAUGGACGUCAUCAACUCGUGCAGCAAGAGCGCUAUGGAACUCUGUUCUUCCUUAAUGAAAAUUGAAGAAGAAGUAAUUUCUCGCGCUCAAGAUUUCGUCUUCCACCACAUUGGUGUCACUCGUGACCCUGUUACGCUCACAUACGGCGCCUUGGCCAUCAAGCCCUCCACCACUGUGGAAGAAUGCCCUGAACUCGACAUCCUCCUCCUGGGGGGGCCUGAUCCCUCCAAGUUUGAACUGCACCCCAAGUUUGCGGACUUUAUUCGACAACAUGUGGCAGCUGGGAAGUUGCUUUUCACCACCUGCACCGGAGCCGCGGUCGCUGCAGCGGCGGGUGUUCUCGAUGGCAAGAAUGCCACCGUCAACCACGGCGCCAUUCCCUUUUUGAAACCAAUGUUUCCCAACGUCAAUUGGACCGAUGAGAAGAAAUGGAUUGUCGAUGGAAAUAUCUGGACUUCGGGCGGUGCUGUUGCUGGAAUGGAUAUGUUUGCCCAUUGGGUCAAGGAGAACUAUGGACUUGAUGUGCUCACCGUUGGUUCAUCAAUGUUGGACUAUGAGCCCAGAGACGUUGAUGGCAUUCUCAACGUCAUUCCAAAGCGAUUUUCUGAAGAUGGCAAGCAACUUCCUACUCAUGUAUUUGAAUAG